AUGACUGUUUAUUAGGAAUUCCCAUAGAAUUUAGUGAAAUGUAGAUCACCCACAUUUAGCUGGCAAGUUGAUAAUGUUAUUCUUUAUACUCCUGACUUAUAUAUGUUCCUCAUUUUUUCAUCUCUUGCUUGUCUACUAAAUCUAUUUAUUAUUACUUUGAACAUUAAAUAUCCAUAAAUACGCAAAAGACCUGGAGAUUUAUUUUGCGGAUUGGCUGUUGCAGAGCUCACAUUAUCUUUGCACUGGUUAAUAUCAUCUUUGUAUUAGUAUUUUACAGAUAAUCAAAAUGUAAAAUCGAGUGAUGUUUUUUGCUAAAUAAACUCCUAUUUCUCAAUCACAGCUGGCAUAUUUGAGUUUUUUUACAAUAUUUCGAUAUACACUUAUAUAGUUUGUGCCAUCAAAAAUUUAAAAAUACUUAAGAUUGCUGAGGGUUGGUAUCUCCAUGCAGCAGUUGUAAUUGUUUCCUUUCUGAUAACUUUUUUUGUUAAAAUAUUUGGAUAUUCUGGUAAAACUAUGUUUGGUACUUGCUCUAUAAAAUCUGAGAAUUAAUUCCCCUUAAAAGGAAUAGGUCUGUUACUUGUUUAUAUUUUUAUCAGCUUAUCAACUCUAAUGUACUUAAACUAUAAAUUAUCAAACAUUAAGAAGUAUUAAAAGUUAUAAAAAUUCUACUAAUUUUACAUGUAUUCUUGCAUUGCGACUUGGAGUUGCUUGGUAUGUAGUCAAAUUAUGAUGUUUCUAAAUUGUAGAUAUUUCUAAAAGCCAUCUCUUAACUUUUUUGUGACACUCGGAAAUGCCUGUAAAAUAAUUACUACCCUGUACCUUCCUAUUGUUCGUAUAACAGAUCCAAACAUAAGACCAGUUUUUAGAGCAAUUUUUAAAAUAUCCAAAAACUCUAUUAAAUAAAAAGAUAAAUAAGAGUUACCAUAAAAUAGUGUGAACAAUUCAUAAACAACCAUUAAUGAUAUUAGUAUGAAUAGUUCUAUAGCUAGAAACAUAAACUCUCAUUUACUAAAAAAUUAAAACUAGUUAGUAAAUAAAAACAGUAAUAGUUUAAGUGAAGAAAAUAAUAAUCAAUAAAAAGGAAUAGAAAUGGUCAAUAUUAAUAAAGAAUAAAAAAGAGAUUCUUCUAUGAUCUAACAAUUUUAAGGAUAAUCACUAGCACUGAGUCUAGUUUUGCCAUAAAAUUUAGCUGAAAGUAUUAAUUUGGAAGACUUUCAAAUAGAUCAUGCAGUUUAUGAAUAAGAUAAAUCAAAAUAUUUAUUUGCUAAUUUUAACGAGCCUUCAUAAUCAUAUCCUUAUUAAAACAAAUAUUUUUCUCCAAACUGA